AUGGAAGCUUCACCACAGAAUAACCUCUUAGCCCAAGCUCCCCUUACUCACACUCCUAAACAGAAACAGGCCGGUGGUCCACCAGUUGUCAAGAACACUCCUGGGAGUCACAACUAUACCGCUCAUGCCAAAGACAAGGUUCCCCAGCGCGCCUCUGUUCUCAACAAGUUUCUCCAAGAUGAUAUCAGCGAUAGAGCCGUAUUAUCUCUCGACGACUUUGCAACCUUGAUCCUCGAUCUUCCUCCAGAUUGGAGAAUCAAGGAAGAUUUUAGCCUGCUGCCGGAAAGCGAAGUCGUGAGGGAGACUUUUGAGGCAUACCUGACAGCUGCAAUAGGGGCGACGGAGGGCGAAGGAAAGGGGAAGAAGAAGGGAAAGGCUGCUGCAGUGCGCGAGAAGGAACUGUACCAGCCCCUUGCGAAUCUAUUGAAUAGUUUGAGAGACGGAAAAGGACGGCAUAUGAAAAAGGACAUUGAUGAGAAGAUUUUCUAUGUGCAGGAUCCUCGUCCGCUUCUGGGAUCACUAUUGGAGAGGAAGCCAGACCUAGGUGCAAUUUACAUUCAGCUAUUAGAACUCACCAAGAACGCAAAACUGUCCAAAUACCUCGGGAAAAACAAAAUCGCCGGCGUUUUUUGGGGACUGCUACUAUUCUUCGUGGAAGUCAAGCACGAGAAAGGACGUUUCAUAGGCCUGAACAUAACCAAAGAAGGUUCUUCGUACCGCGUUCAAUCGGGGCCCUUGCCGUCCAUCAGACAUUCGGGAUCUGCUUCUACGCCUCCCGCUUCAGCAACUACCAGUUUUGGAGACGAAAAUAGGCCUCGGGUAACCAUUCACCAGAGCGGGGGCAAAGAAAAGUUGUUGGAAGUGGGCUCAUCGCAGGAGUAUGCACUGAGAGCGGAAGAAGAGCUGAAAGAAGAAAGAUUGUUGACUCCGACGCAAGGGCAGCACCGUACAAGAAUACAAUGCGCGAGCUAUGCGAAGGAGAUGCUUUCGAAUGGGUUUAUUCGGAACCACGCUAUUGGAAUCCUAGCGGACGAUGACGGGUUCCGUUUUCAUUAUUAUGAUCGUUCUAAGGUUGUUGAAAGCGAGGCCUUCAACAUUUUAGACGACGAGUGGAAGAAACUCUUCAUGGCUAUGGUCUGCCAGCUGAAUAAGCUGUCUUCAGAGAAGCUUGGAUUUAUCCCAAAUCUACAUUUGGAUAAAUACGAUCACCUUCGGGACCCAGAACAGUUUUCACAACAGUUUGCAAACGAUCCGCAAGGCCUGGUUGGUGCCCACUAUUCUUUCAAAGGAUCUGACGGCGUUGUGCAUAUAGUCGUCAUAGAACAAGUUCUCUAUCGUGCCGAGGGCAUCAUUGGUCGAUGCUCGGUCGUCGUCGAGGUGACAUGUAUCUGUCAGGACUCUGGUUGCAAAUGGAAUGGGGAAAGGAAGAUCAUGAAGAUCAGCUUUCCAAGUAAAUCUCGACCCUCAGAAGAAGGACUUAUAUAUGAUGCUCGAUCUAAGGCAGAAUCGUCUAGCGAGCACUGGGCGCUCAACCAUCUUCCGAAAGUUAUCGACUCCAUCACGUUACCCUACCAUGAAAAGGAAACGGUUCAAGGUCGCUUGAAGACGCAUCUGAAAGACAAGUACGAGGAACGAGUAAUGCGUGUCACAAUUUUGGAGAAACUACAGCCACUUUCGGAGUUAGAGGACCCGAGGGAGUUCGCGCAAGUGUUUUACGAUGUUCUUCAAAUUCAUCAAUGGCUUUAUGAAUGUGUUGGAAUUCUGCAUCGCGACCUCAGCUCCGGCAACAUCAUGUUCAGACGCAAGGAUGACAAGAUUUAUGGAGUGUUGAAUGAUUUCGACCUUUCAUCCCGUGUCGCCGAUAUGGACAAGGGCCCAACGUCGAACCAGCGUACUGGUACCCGGCCUUUCAUGUCUCGCGAUCUGUUAUGCCCAACUUGGAAUGGCGGCCAUCUCUACCGCCAUGAUUUAGAGUCAUUGUUUUAUAUCAUACUCUGUCUCGCCUGCCGCUACGAGAGACCAAAUGUGCCUGUUCCUGAACCACGACCUUAUGCCUCUUGGUUUCGUGGAACGGACCAGGACGUCUUCAACGACAAAUCCACUUUCCUUUCCGAAUUUCUUCCUGGAGGGCUACCCGUUCAACCUUAUUUCACUCACUUCAGGACAUGGCUGCAUCUUAUCUACCGUUUCGUCUCCGCCGGAUAUAAAGCGCGACCGUCCCUCGAAGUUGAGUCUGAAAUCGCAAAUUAUGACCCGGCCACCCUGCUUGCUUUGAGGGACUCCUUGCAGGAUCCUGAACUCGAAGAGUUUGAUUGGAGUACCCUCAAUGGACGCGUUACAUACCUCACAUUCAGAAGGAUUAUGUCUUCCUUCCAAGCUCAACCUCUCGAAACUCGUUGGUUAAGUGGGAAUCUACGCCAGUAA